CGUGUUCUUCGCAUAAGCCACAUGGUCCUCUAAUGCUUUGUUUCUGUAAAGUACCUCACACAAUCGCUGUACAUAUAUCACGUGCGCUUUUAGUUGGUUUUCUGUCUCCAGAAUGUACGCCGGAACUCUCGUUUGCGCCCAGCUUUUUUUUUAAACAUGAUACAAAUCUUAGAGAAUAGAGACAUAGAAUUUGUAAUUUGCAAAUAGUGUGAGCAAUAUCCUCCUUUCUCCUCCGUCGCACGGGGACAGAAGUCCGGCGCAUAUGAGAUGAACCUUUAGCUGUGCUAUAAGAUAGGACGGGCUGUUACUCAGAACUCUCUGCAUUCGAGGUUAAAUUGCUAAACUAACCGUCUGCGAAAUUGAUGCCUGAUAACCUCUAAUGUUAGUAGGUUAAUUAUAUUUAUAAGUUGUCUGCGGAGGAUGUAAAUAGUAUGACUCAUCGAUCAAGUUUGUAUUUUGUAAAUAAACGUGACUCAUAGAUCAGCUUUCGUUUAUCUAAGGAUUAAAUUCAACACAAAGUGUGCAGUAUGUACACUAUACUUAUGUGUACGAAACAGUUACACAUUGUCAUUGAGGACUUCAAAGACUCCGGACGUGUAUGUGUUACUGAAGUUUUAACAUAAACAACGAAACCAAUGAAGUCGCCAAUAAUGGUAAUAUUGUCACCGGCUUGUUGUGAGUGACAUUUUAUUCAGCCUACUAUAUUGAAAUAAUGUAAACAUAUUUCGAUUGGCGGAAAUUUUCACGAAGUCAAAGAAGUAUAUUGAUCGACGGUGUUAGAUAAUCCCCGCACUGGCGUGAACAAUGCCCGCAGUUUCCUUUCAUUAUGACGCUGUUUUCCGGCAGCGUGACCUCACAGUGAUGUAUUUCAUUUCCCUAUUCAAUAUGGCGACGUGUAACUUCUCCAGUAAUGUGAAACGAAAGAAGAUUGUUGGUCGUAUGUGUUGUGCUGGCUCGCCUACGGGCCGCGUUUGUCCUAGCACGCAAUAUACAAAAGACGUCUCGUUACAUUAUUUCCCCGACAAACUAAAGGAUAACAGACGUCACGAAGCGUGGAAGGAUUUUGUGGCGAGAUAUCGACCCGCUUUCAAGCCUUCCAAGUCGAAAUCGUCGUCGCUAUGCUCGCUACACUUCGAAGAUAGCUGUUUUGCCACUCGUAGAGAUGUCGCAAGAGAACUAGGCAUUCGGAUUAGGUUAAAUAAGGACGCUGUGCCGACUAUUGAUGCGGUAAAUAAUGGUUUAAAAGCGAAGGGAAAGACCGCAAGUGCAAGGAAGGUACCCAUACAGAAUAAUAGCGAUAUCAGCCAGCCAAGAGUCCAAGUUUCCAAAAGAAAACUCGCUCGCCUGGACAAACCACGUAAAGUUCUCAAAUCCAAGACGAAUAUCUCUUACGAAAGACGCAACGACUCGAAUCACAUUCAAGGGCAACAAGUUUCACACGAUGCCUUCCAGUUUACGUCCAAUGAUAAGGCGCCCGAAGUUAUUGCUCUUAAUGAUGACGGUGCAUUUAUCGGAAGACAUGCGUACAACUCGGAUUAUGGCAAAUCAGAACUGUUUUCGGAUUCUUCAGAUGAGCUCCCCAGCGGUCCGCACGCUUUUGGCCUCGUUCCAGUCCGCGAGCCGCCACCGCCAUCUCCAGUAACCCCGUGUCAUUGCAACUGUCACACGCAAUUGGCGCAAAAGUUUGCCGCCUUUGAGAAGAAAUAUACGCUGCUUCAAAACAGACACGAUAUUCUCCAACAAUCGCACGACAAACUGUCCCAAUUGGUCGAAGCUCAAAACCAUCUCUUAGCCUGCCACACAGCGCCACCUCCGACUCGUGAAGCCCAGGAGACUUUUACCUCCCAGGAGAAUCAGUACAUCAAGUCUCCUGAAAUCCUACCACCAUCCUCAACGUCCCCACGAGAAUCCACCCCGCUUCAUGAAUCAUCGCACCCGAGACCCUUCACGGAAAGUCCCGACCUGCCUCCCGAGCCGUUGCCGAAUCCCGACGAACAGUCGUAUAUCCUACCGAGACGGGCCACGGCUCGUGAUAUUAUUCGCUUGUGGGAAGAGGGCAGCCGUACUUUCCCCCCGGUAAAGAACUGGACGCCUGCGCAAAAAAUGAAGGCACAAAGCAAGCUGGCUCGUUGGAAGAGGAUCAUCGAUAUUCUAAAGACGGACUGUAAUGGUGACAUGGCUUUGUUUGAGGAAAGGUAUUCAAAUGGCAACGGUGAUCUUUUGCCGGUCACAACAAUUCUUGCCUUGCACGAGAAUCAGUUGUCCUCGCAGUUUCUGAGCAAAGGCUACAGCAACGUAAAGCAGAACACGAUUGAACUGAAGUCUCCCACUGAGAUUAAGAGCGAGUUCGAGAACGAGCCCGGGGCCGAAGGUGGCAUACCUCAGGAGGCGGCAAUGCCCGACAACGAGACCACGAACCGCUACGUGUUACCACGAAAGGUGACGGCGCGCGACGUUGUCCAUCUGUGGGACGUAGGCUGCGAUGAAUUCCCUGCCAUCGCCACCUGGAACAAGGCGCAGAAGAUAGGCCAGGAGACAAAAAUAUUCCGCUGGAAGAAAAUCGUGGAUCUCUUCAAAACCAAUUGCAACUCGGACUGGGAGCUUUUCUGUGAGCGUUAUUCGAACGACAAGGGCGAGUUGUUGCCAUUGGCAACUAUCCUUGCCAAACACGAAGCGAUGUUCUCUCAAGAUCACGUGAACAACGAAUCACUUGCAACCCCGCGUAACAAAAAUACAACAUCUGUAACAAAAACGGCAACGAAGUCUGAAACGACACUUGUGACGACAACACCUGCGACAGCCCGGUCUCCCCCCUCACCCGCCUCCACGGCGAACACCCCCACAACAUCUGAUUCCCCGAAGCCCGAACAAUCCGCGCGGGACUCGGAGGGCGUGAUUCUGCCACGUAAGGUGACCGCGUUCGAAGUGGUACGGUACUGGACCGACGGUUGCGAGACCUUCGGCCCGGUCAAGGACUGGACGCGAACGCAGAAGAUGGGUCAGGAGACGAAGAUUAGCCGGUGGAAGAAAAUCUACGAGAUUUUCCGCUUUCAGUGCUGUAGAGACUGGGACGAGUUCUGCCGAAGGUACACGAAUCAGCGCGGUGAACUGUUGCCAAUAGCGACGAUUCUGGCGAAGUACGAAGCUGAAAAUCCGACCGGACCGCCGAGCUACAAACAACACGAGAACGAGUCUCACGACAAUAUCACUCCAGGCUUUGCGUCUCAAGUCAUCGGGGACAAUUGCGCGACGAGUUUCACCGACAAUGGUUACACGUUGCCGCAGGCCGUUGACAUUGAAAUAACCGUUGCGGAUACCGGGGAAUACGUGUUACCUGAACAUCUUACAGCCGUGCAAGCAUUGUCUCUUUGGGAGCAUGGGACGGACCAGGUGCCUCCCAUGAAAAACUGGACCGAGGCACAGACACAACAGUUGGAACUGCUGGACAACAUUCGCAGAAUCGCUGAGAUAUUCGAACGGGAUUGCGACAGUCAUUUUCGCAGGUUCCUAGACAGGUUCUCAGACACAGACGGUGAGCUGCUUCCGAUAGCUGGAAUUAUUUAUUCCAAGCAUUGUCGGAAGUAUUCGCCGUUCUUUACGGAGUACCGAAAGAGUGCGAAGAACAGUCGUGCCAGGGGGGAGCAGUACGAGCUCCCGAAACGUGUCGGCGCUAAGGAAAUCGUAUGGUUAUGGGAUCACGGGUGCCGGGACUUCCCCCCCGUCAAGACCUGGUCGUCAGCGCAGAAACUACGCUACACGACAAAAUUGUCGCGGUGGCGGAAAAUCGCAGAUAUUUUUCAUGAGAAAUGCAACGGUAACUGGAGGAUUUACGAGGAGAAGUACUCGAAUGCCAACGGGGAUUUGCUGGCGUUAUCCACGGUCAUUUCAAUGCAGGACGAGAUCACUGAAAACGAGAGUUACGCGUCGAUGAUUAAACGUUCGCCGAACCACAAUGGCGAAGCUUGGCCGAGCGAAUCCCGAUCGUCGAGCAUUGAAAUGAACAACGUGGGUCACGAUGAGGAUAAUGCGGAACACGGUGAGGGUAAUAUAGAGCAUAAGGAGGAUGAUGAAAGCACCCCAAAAGGGAAAGCCAAAGAGUUUUGUCUUCCAAAGAAAGUGAACGCUUUGGACAUCAUUUACUACUGGGAAAACGGAUUUGGAGAUUUGCCGCCAGUUUCCGAGUGGAACACGCUCCAGAGAUUUCGGCAACGAAGUAAGAUCUCCCGUUGGAAUAAAAUCUACGAUAUCUACAAGUUUCAUUGCCACGGGAAUCUCGCCGAUUUCGAGCAGCUCUACUCCGACGAGAACGGUCAGCUCCUGCCCGCCACGACCAUCAUUUCGAUGUACGAGUCGCGCGUCGAUGUGAACCAAUACAACGAUAAUGAAACGCCACCGAGGGGGCCUGUGGUGCGCAAGUACGCCCUGCCUCGCAAGGUCGACGCAAAGGACAUCGUUCGCCUCUGGGAAGAGGGGAACGAGCAAUUUCCGCCCAUCGCCGCGUGGACCAAAGCCGACAAGAUUGGUCAGGAAACGAAAAUAUUUCGCUGGAAGAAAAUUGUUGACAUCUUUAAGAAUCAUUGCGACUGUGAUUGGGAAUACUUCGAAGACUUGUUUUCGAACGAGUUUGGUGAUCUUUUACCCACUAGUGCAAUUAUUGCGAAGUUCGAGACAAGCUUUUUAAAACGUUAGUCGCGUAACGAUCAUUCUAGAAUAUGGUCUUGGGAAACUGGCAAAGUGCAUGAGAAGUCGUUUCCUCGCGUCCCGUCAUUUCGACUAUGGUAAAAUUUUAUCAUAAAAAGUUUUAUCAUACCGCGCGAAUCCAGCGUUUGUCAAAAUAAACUACUGCAGCAAGCACAAUUUUAAAUUCAAAGUAUACCUGAAUCGUUAUGCUAUAGACCUUUCUUAUAAGACGUCAAACGAUAUUACACGAAGUUUGAUUGGCUCGUUAGUUUUACGCCGGAGCCAAUCAUACGUCGUGUCAGAUUUCGCAUCCCGCGGUUGAGGUCAUUAUGAGAAAAGUAUAAUGGUUCUCAAAAGAUGUUUUAUAACUCAAAUCUAUUGCUAAAAUUAAAGAUGUUUUAAAAAGAUGUAAAUAAAAUGUGUGCUGUUAUAACCUAUUUUGACUUACGCUGAAUGUGCAACUGCUAAAAUCGCAAACUACUAACAAUUGACUCGCUCGAAUAACAAAAUGGGUGGUUAAGUUCAUUUAAUAGAGCUUUUUUCUAGCUCUGAUCAAACGAAAACGAAAGACGCGAUAUCUGGGGCUGCAAACGAGGUGUGAAAUGGCUUUGAGGUAUUGAAAUUAGCAUAUAACAUGAUCCUGGCAGUGGUGUAAUCAUCUCAACUAAAGCAUGGCUUGUUUAGUUUCAUAAAGACUUAUUUCAGUAUCUCAAAAUCAUCUUACAUUUCGUUAAAUCUCGGGUAACCGGGCUCAUGUAAACAGCAGUCAGUAAUUUUUUACCUUCGAGGUUUUUUGAUUUGAAAAUUUAGUUUCUCAAAAACGAAUGAAUAACUUUGAUAUCCGUGAUAUAAAUGAUGAUUAUUUUAUACGAAGAAAGAUGUACAUUUUUUACUCAAAUGAAUUAUACGUGUAUUUUCAAAACUUUGUAUUUAAAUUAUGAAUAAAA